AUGGAAGAACAAUUUCAACUCUUAUUCGAUAAAAUGAAAAUGGAGAUGAAAAAUCAAUCUGAAUCCAUAACCAAUACCAUAAUGAACAAAAUGGAUGAGAAAUUAAAACCUAUUUUAGAGGAAAAUAAAUACUUAAAACUAAAAGUAGAGAGCCUGGAAAAGAAAAUCAAAAUUUUAGAGAGAGAUAAGAAAACUAACAAUAUAAUAAUCCAUGGAUUGACAGAAGACGAGAAAUCGACACCCGAGCUUAUCGAUAAGGUCAAAGAUACAAUAACAAAAGAAUUAGGCAUAGCAAUCGAAAAUUAUGAAUUCAACAAAAUAUAUCGUAUUGGUAAAACAAACAAAGGUAAUCCAACAAAGGUAAUCCGACCUAUACUGAUAUGCUUGACUACUGGAUGGAAAAAAGCGGAAAUAUUGAAAAAUAAGAGAAAGUUAAAAAACCUGCAUAUCACGGAAGAUUACUCUAAAGAAACCUUUGAAAAACGUAAGGCUUUACUACCACAACUCAUGGAAGAACGGAGAAAAGAAACAAAAACAACUCUCCCAAGCCGAUUGGUCUUCGUGGGAGAGAAUGACCAACACCCUCUAAUGGAAAAGAAGAGAUUUUUAGAUAUACACAUAGCCACUUUUAACGCAAGAUCAUUAAGAACUCCUGAAAAACUUCAAGAACUUGAAUUAGCUUUAUCAGAUAUAAAAUGGGAUAUAAUAGGAAUAAGUGAAAUGAGAAGAUAUGGAGAAGGAAUUGAAGACUAUGGAAACUUUAUUUUACACUAUAAAGGCGAGACACCAGGGCUCUACGGAGUCGGCUUUCUUGUAAAAAAAGGACUUGCCGAGAAAAUAGGAGAAAUCAAAGGUGUCUCAGAGAGAAUAGCAGUUUUAAACAUUGAGUUACCAGUCAAAAACGCUGAAAAAUGGUCUAUAAUUCAAGCUUAUUCUCCAACAGAAUCGAACAAGAAAGAUGACAUAAGGAAAAUAGAAAAACUCUAUGAAGAUUUACAUCUUACCAUUGAAAAUUCGCAUAAAAAUAUAAUUGUCAUGGGUGAUUUUAACGGUCAGAUAGGAAAGCGUAAUAACAUUGGAGAAGAAUACACUAUAGGACUAAAAGAUAGAAAAAUUAAACGGGACAACACUAUGAACAAACACAUAGAGAAGACAGGUGGAAUUAAAAAGGCUAUAAAAGAACUAACAGUAAAAAAAGACUGGAUGCCAAAAGUAAAGACUGACAAAAAUAACUACACUUGUAAAAGACCAGAAAUACUGGAGUUGGCUACAGAUUAUUACAAGAAACUAUAUAAAAGCAACAAGAGCGGAAGAGCUCAAAUAAAUGAACUAGAAUAUGUAGGAACUAAUAUCACACCUACAAUUUUGACGGAGGAAACAAUGAAAGCAAUCAAUUCUCAAAAAAUAGACAAAACUCCUGGAUCUGACCAAAUAACCAACGAACUAUUAAAAUCGGUUGCAUCGACCAUUGCCCCGAUAUUGACUGAACUGUUUAAUGAAAUUAUUGAGACUGAAGAUAUACCCACCGAUUGGACAAAAUCAACUAUAAUUUUAUUACACAAAAAGGGAGACAAAGGAGACAUUGGAAAUUAUCGCCCAAUUAGUUUGAUGUCCAAUGUGUAUAAAGUAUUUUCUAAAAUUAUACUCUCGCGAAUUACAACUACACUUGAUGAUAACCAACCAAAGGAACAAGCCGGCUUUAGAAGCAAAUUUUCAACGAUAGAUCACAUACACGUUGUAAGACAAAUCAUACAAAAAUACAAAGAAUACAAUAAAUCCUUUUAUAUAGGAUUCGUUGAUUUUAAUAAAGCCUUCGAUUCUCUAGAACAUUCAUUUAUUUGGCAAGCACUACAGAGUCAAGGAGUGGAGGCCAAAUUCAUAAAAAUUCUUCAAAACAUAUAUUGUGGAAGUGUAGCACAAGUGCGGCUUGAAAAAACUGGUAGACAAUUCCCAAUAGAACGAGGGGUUCGUCAAGGAGACCCUAUAUCGCCUAAGCUAUUUACGGCUGUUUUGGAGAACAUAUUUCGGAAUAUAAAUUGGGAAAAAAAUGGCAUUAACAUAAACGGUGAAAAUCUCAACCAUUUAAGAUUUGCGGACGAUCUGGUCCUCUUUUCUGAAUGCCCGGAAAAACUGCAGCAUAUGCUACAAGAACUGUCAGAUCAAAGUGCAAAAGCAGGGCUAUCGAUGAAUACCGCUAAGACCAAAAUUAUGACCAAUUCUACGAAGACCUAUAAUAUCACCGUUAACAAUGAAAAAAUCGAAUAUGUGGAAGAGUAUGUUUACCUGGGGCAGUUAAUAUCGCCAAGUGACACUAUGCAAAAAGAGAUCGAUCGGAGAAUAGCCAAUACUUGGAAGAGAUACUGGUCCCUCAGUGAAAUAAUGAAAAAUAAAGAUAUGCCUAUGAAAGACAAACGAAAAGUAUAUAAUACGUGCAUUCUACCAUGCCUGAUCUAUGGAUGCCAGACAUGGGCAUUGACAAAAAAACAAUUAAAUAAAAUAAACAUAUGUCAGAACAAUAUAGAAAGAAGUAUCACUGGAAUUAAGAGAAAAGAUAAAAUUAGACUAACAUACGUAAAAAAUAUAACAAAAUUAAAAAGCGUCGAAAAGGUACAUAAAAUGCAAAAGUGGAGAUGGGCAGGACAUAUGUUAAGAGAGACACAAGAAAAGUGGACAAAGAAUGUAACGGAAUGGUACCCAAGAGAUGGCCAUAGAAGUAAAGGCAGAAAAAAUCAAAGAUGGGAAGAUGAUUUCAAAAGAAUAGCUGGCGGAGAGUGGCUGAGAAAGUCAAAGGACAGGACCUUGUGGAAAACAUUAGAGGAGGCCUAUGUCGAGAGACAAGCUGUUUCCUAG